AUGCCAUAUCAAUCAAAAAUAAAUGUUAUUUUAAUAUUAUCAGUGUUCAUAUUGAUACCCUUAACGGUAUCCGAAAGUGAUCCAUAUACCAAAGAACCAUAUCGACCUUUGGGACCACUCGUUAAAUGCAAUUUUUUGCCUUUGGAAUUUUUGGACUGUGAUGAACCAGUAGAUCAUAAAGGAAACGAAUCGGCGAAAGCUGCAGUGGGUCAUGGUUGUGUGAAAUUUGGUGGAGUGAGAUAUGAAAAAGUCGAGAGGACAAAAGUUCAGUGUAAAGUUUUAGAUGGCAUUGAAUGCUUUGGCACACGUAGCUUUCUUCGGGACGGAUUCCCGUGUGUGAGAUAUUCUGGACACUAUUUCACAACAACUUUAAUAUACAGUAUAUUAUUAGGAUUUUUGGGAAUGGAUAGGUUCUGUCUUGGUCAAACAGGAACAGCUGUGGGCAAGUUGCUCACAUUAGGUGGCUUAGGAAUUUGGUGGAUUGUUGAUGUAAUUCUUCUUAUUACAAACAGUCUUCACCCAGAAGAUGGCAGUAACUGGAAUCCUUAUGUUUAG